AACCCGCCCGGAGGCCGCCGCGCUGCCAGCAGACCUCACGGGGCUGCUCGGGGAAACCUCGGCUGGUCUGCGCAGGCCGCGCCCCUCGGAGCUCCGCGGCUGAGGGUCGGGGCGCGCCCGCGGCUGCCUGCAGUCGGAAGGGCAGCCCGGGAACCAGGAAGGGCAGCAGUCCCGGGCUCUCAUCUUGCAGAACUCUCAAGAUCUCUUGUAAAGAGAUUUGUAGUCAGAGCUUUAUGCUGCAUUUUUAUUCGGGAAAGAAGCAGGGAGAGAAGAGCGUUCUUUCCCAGGAAUCCAGCACUGGAGAAACUGCCCGGAGGACCUGAAGCAGACUCCCCGCUCCUCUGCAAGGUGACCUCCAUCUAAGCCUGGAGGAAGACUCUUCCGAGGAUGGUCUCCCAUUCAGAGUUGAGGAAACUCUUCUGUUCCGCAGAUGCAGUGUGCUUUGAUGUUGACAGCACGGUCAUCAGAGAAGAAGGAAUUGAUGAGCUAGCCAAAUUCUGUGGUGUUGAGGCUGCCGUGUCAGAAAUGACACGGCGAGCCAUGGGUGGGGCAGUGCCUUUCAAGGCUGCCCUCACAGAGCGUUUAGCUCUGAUCCAGCCCUCUAGGGAACAGGUGCAAAGGCUCAUAGCUGAGCACCCCCCACACCUGACCCCGGGCAUAAGGGAGCUAGUAAGUCGCCUCCAAGAGCGAAAUGUUCAGGUUUUCCUAAUAUCUGGUGGCUUUAGGAGCAUCGUGGAGCAUGUUGCUUCAAAGCUCAAUAUCCCGUCGACCAAUGUUUUUGCCAAUAGGCUGAAGUUCUACUUUAAUGGUGAAUAUGCAGGUUUUGAUGAGAUGCAGCCAACUGCCGAAUCUGGUGGGAAAGGAAAAGUUAUUAAACUUUUAAAGGAAAAAUUUCAAUUUCAGAAAAUAGUCAUGAUUGGAGAUGGCAUCACAGACAUGGAAGCCUGCCCUCCCGCUGAUGUUUUCAUUGGAUUUGGAGGAAAUGUGAUCAGACAACAAGUAAAAGACAACGCAGAAUGGUACAUCACUGAUUUUGUAGAGCUUUUGGGAGAACUGGAAGAAUAAUAUCAAUUUUUAUACGGUUCAUAAUAACUUUAGGUAAAUUUUUAAGAGUUAUACAGUUUGAUACCAUUUGCUUACAAUUGCUUAUUACAACCUAAUGUAUAGGUUUGGUACUGAUUAUCUGUACUUCCAAGUAGACUACAUAAAAUUGCUCCUUUUUAACUGUAGUCCCAACAUUAUUAUGACCAUUAAUUACCUGGAGAGUUUUAUAAUCUGAAUUCUUUAUGUAUUUUCCUACCUAUAUUUUAUUUGAAACCUUUUAAAGGUGGAUAGUAAAUGAAACACCUUCCCUAUUGGAAAUACGGGGUAGGCCUCUUAUGUGAGUGUUGGUUUUCCCUUUGGUAGGUAAAUAAAAAUUUAUCAUGUAUCAGUA